AUGCCCAAUGAAGGUUUUUUCAUACUAAAGAAUUUUUUGAAUGAAAAUGAAAUUGCUGCAUUGUUACUGGCAGCUUUAACACAAUGGUGUUACUUGCCAUCAGCUAAAUGCAAUUUAGGCACUACAAUUAAAACUAAUAACCUAAUUUCUUGUACUGACCCAUUCUAUAUGAAACUCCGUUGGAUAACUUUGGGAUAUCACUACCAGUGGAGUGAAAGGACUUAUGAUCCAUCUAAAGUGGGAGAAUUACCAGCGCUGUUAAGCGAAACUACUCUAAACUGUAUACACUUCCUUGGUCAUCUGUUAAAGACAGGCAAUAUUUCUGCAUACAAUUCUUCUCAAUUGUUAGAUAAAUGCCAAAAUUAUAAGCCAGAAGCCGCUAUAAUCAAUUAUUAUCGAACAAAAACGACCAUGGGUUUUCAUUCUGAUGAUGCAGAAGUGGAUAAAGAAGCUCCUUUAGUCUCGAUAAGUAUUGGACCUACUGCUUUAUUCUUACUGGAGACUUCAGAGCCUAUUCAAUGUCAAUAUGUUCCAAUACACGCAGAAAGCAUCAAUGAACAAAUUGACUAUAACUCUAUAUUACCAAUUUUUCUUCAUCAUGGUGAUAUAAUAAUAAUGUCUGGUAAAAGUCGCUUGGCUCGUCAUGCUGUUCCUGUUAUUUUUUUUAACACUAUUCCAGAGGUUGUAUCAAAAUUAGCUGAACGUGUCAGUUAUACAAUUUGUGUAAAUUCAUUCAAUCAAAAUCAUACUAAGGAUACCUGUAUACAUUGUAAAGAAUGCUGGAAGUAUAUUGAAUCUACACGAAUCAACAUGAAUGUACGCCAAGUGAUGCCUGUGCAUAGAGAUGACUUUGAAGUACGUUAA